ACCAAUUCAGUGACAGCACAUUUUUCCCUUUUUAGAGACGAAUUGUAUAUUGAUUAAUCGUUUUCUAAGCUGCUGGACUUGAUAAAUACUCAAGAUUGUGUUUGGAUUAUUCAAAGCUUCAUUCUUGAACCGUUUUUAUUACGGUUCAAAAAUGCCGCCUAAAAGUGUUUACUAUGCCGUUGCAAAUGGCAGAACUCCUGGUAUCUACUCGAAUUGGGACGACGCGAAACAACAAGUUACCGGUUACAGCUCCGCUAAGUAUAAGAAAUUCUCUUCUUAUGAAGAAGCUCAAAAUUUCUGCCAACAAGGUAAACAGGCAAUAUAUGGAACAUCUUCCAAUUCCUCCAAUUGUAAUUCUUAUGACACACACAAUGAUCACGCUAUUCGGAACUCUGUCAAAACAUUUAUUGCUCGGAAAAGCAACCCUCCUGUCCUGCAGAAUAAAUUAACGGGUAAUAGAAGUUAUGAAUACGAUGGUUAUAGACGUGCUGAAAAAUUCACUGCGAGAAAAAGCAAUCCGCCAGUUUUUAGAGACGAUAUCCCAGGCUAUAAGGCUUAUGAUCAUAGUGCAAACGGACGUGAAAAAAGAUUCACUGCAAGAAAAAGUGGUAUGCCAGAAUCCAGAAUUGGCUAUGGUAACAACGCGAUUGAGAAAUCAAGUGUACAUACUGCUCGGAAAAGCGAACCUCCAAUAACUACCGGACAUCUUUCUUUCAUACAUGAUCCUUCUCUUCGAGUGCAGUUGUAUGAAACAGAAAACAAAUCAUCUAAUGCCUACAACCCCCACAGUACCACAAAUUCAACUUCCAAUUCUGAUCGGACAACAGUUUACGUUGAUGGAUCUUGCUUAGGAAAUGGAAAACACGGUGCAAGAGCGGGAGUUGGUAUCUACUUUCCCAAUAUGCCUGAAGCUAGUCUAGCAGAACCACUUCCUGGAGAUACUCAUACGAAUAACAGGGCAGAAUUGCAUGCGUUUAUCCGUGCGAUGCAAGUUACAAAGGGAAGUGUUGAUGUUUAUUCCGACAGUCGUUAUGUUAAAGAAUGCUUGGAAAACUGGCAUCGCAAAUGGAUCAAAAAUGGCUGGAAGAGUGCUUCUAAUAAACCGGUAGAAAACCAGGACUUGAUUAAGACGGCUCUUGAGUUGAAAAGGGAUAGGGAUAUUAGUAUUCAUUACGUCCCUGGUCACUCUAAUGUUCCCGGAAAUGAAGCAGCAGAUCGCCUUGCCCGAAUGGGUGCAGGACAGUUAUGAGAUGUACCACUUAUCUGUUUCUCUCGUUUCAAUUACCUAUAGAUUUUACCUUUUUUAUUCAAGGAACUUUAAAAAAUACAAUUUAAUUUGAUACGAACUGCUUCAGACAUAUCAUUUUGUGAAUAUGUCUUAGGAAACCUGCUUGAAUUAGCUCUAAUAUGGUUUCGCUAAGAUAAGCUUAAAUUUCAUGAAGCAUUCAAAUAGAAAUGAAAACGCAAUUGUUGCCCGGGUUCGUGCC